AGUACGACAAUCUGGCAACGUUGACUGCAGGACCGUCCGUGGCAGCAGCAGUCACCCUCCGUCAGCCAGAUGAGUCUCCACGCCAGCCGUUCUUUAUCACGCCAUUACCAUAAGGAUGAAGCGGAUACAUAAGGAGAUCGAUAAGGACGGGCGCGGGAAGAUGGUGUUGCUGCCGGAUGAGGGCGAGGACAUGUGGCACACGUACAACAUCUUAAUGGAGGGAGACCGGCUGCGUGCAUCCACCAUCCGUAAGGUGCAGCAGGCCUCCGUCACAGGCUCCUCCACUUCCUCCCGCGUCCGAACUACCAUCACCAUCCAAGUGGAGGCCAUCACCUUUGACACCGGUGCAUGCAUGCUCAGGGUGAAAGGCAGGAAUGUGGAGGAGAACCAAUACAUCAAGAUGGGGGCAUACCACACCAUCGAUCUAGAGCUCAACCGCAAGUUUACCAUCUUUAAGGAACAAUGGGAUUCUGUGACCUUAGAGCGUGUGGAGACUGCCUGCGACCCGGCUGCUCACGCAGACCUGGCUGCAGUGGUGAUGCAAGAGGGACUUGCCUUUGUUUGCCUGAUAACUUCUGCCAUGACUGUUGACCGUGCCAAGAUUGUUUACAACAUACCGAAGAAAGGAAAGGCUGAUGACACCCAAAGGAAGAAGGCACUCACCAAGUUCUAUGACCAAGUGGUGACAGCCAUCCUCCGCCACCUCAACUUUGAUGUGGUGAAAGCAGUGGUCAUUGCUUCUCCAGGCUUUGUGAAGGACCAGCUAUUUGACCACAUGAUGAAGAAUGCGGUACAAACUGACAACAAAUUACUCUUGGAAAACAAAAGCAAAUUUGUCCUAGUGCAUUCCUCCAGUGGCUUCAAACAUUCCCUUAGAGAGGUGCUGGAGGACCCUGCAGUGGCGAUGCGACUGUCCGACACCAAGGCGGCUGGCGAGACCAAGGCACUACAGCAGUUCAUGAGCUUACUGGCCUCUGAUCCUGACCGGGCUUUCUAUGGCAUCAAGCAUGUGGAGCGUGCUAAUGACAGCCAGGCUAUAGAAACCCUCCUGGUAUCCGACACUCUCUUCAGGUCCAAAGAUUUACCUGAAAGGCAGCGCUAUGUACGGCUUGUUGAUAGUGUGCGAGAAAAUGGAGGCGAAGUCAGGAUUUUCUCCAGCUUACAUGUGUCUGGGGAACAGUUGGACCAGAUGACAGGGGUGGCUGCUCUUUUGCGGUUUCCUAUGCCCGAGAUUGAGGAAGAGGACCAUUCCCUUGACUCCGACUCUGAAUAAAUGAAGAAGUGUACACCAAAGGUGCCCGGUGUCUGCAUGAGGAAAUCAGGUGUGACUCAAGAUUGUGAUAAUGGCUUUAACACUGGAAGAGAAAACAGAAGCUUGUAAUAAAAUUGUAUUGCGC